GUUCAUAUUUAUAAUUUCUGUCCCGGCAUUACUGCGUCUUUGGCUGUGGAACAAUUAUUAAAAUGGCCCGAGAUUGCCGUCGGGUACACGGAAAUACCCUAUUGGUAUCAACCAUUUAAAGCAAAAGAUUUAUAA